CCAACCAGCACAGCCUUGCACAACUUUGCCCUCCAUUUAACUGUCGGGGGAUGGUCACUUCGUGUUAAGCAUUUGAACUUCCAUAUCUAAUAUACACAGCACCUGAAUCUUCAAAUGCCGCGGCAUGGAAGGAGCUUCGUUCUUUUUCCACGCAGUAAGGAGCAAUCUCGCAACUCCGAAAACGAUAUAAUCGAAGACCAUCCACCCCGGAGAAAAUCUCCGUAUUUUAGGUGUUGCCAGUCCACCAUGAUCUCAGGCAUAUUGUAUUCGGCUGCUGUCUUCGUCGCGAGAAGUCCCAUGUUAAGCCUACUAAGGCAGUUCCCAAACCGACAAUCCAGCCUCAACUCCAUUCCUCUGCAUUACCACAUACUAACACGACCUUUGCGCCCACAUGUAACGACGAAGGGACCACCUCGCUCGAUUUAAAUUAUACGCAUGCAUCUCUCCCUCAACUCGACCCCACAUGCUCCGACUUCAUCUAUGAUGUUUUGCUCUUUACGAAGGAAGGAAAGAAAAUACGUCGAUUACUGGUACUAG